AGGAAAACGUAUUAUCAUAUAGUGAAACUAUUUCUGCCUCAGCUGAUAAAUCUAAUUUAAAAAAAAAUUCUAUAUUCAAAGGAAAAUAAUAAUAAUAGUAAUAUUAUAUUUCUCAUUGAAAGGAGUGUUUGGAAGUUUCGUUUGUUUUCACACCAUGGCUCUUAAUGCAACUCGCAUUCUCUUUACCAUAGCUCCGAUUCGGUGGAAUAGAAAAGCAAGUUCAGCCUACAGACUUCAGUCCCUUUUUACAAAUUCUCAAGUUUCCCAGAACAAUGAACAUGCUUUCUGGGACAGUGAAGGAUCAGUAGUAGUUGAUCAAGCAAAACAAACCAGAGAUUUGAAGUACCAUGUUGUUGGGAAACAAAAGGAAUCGAAGAACGAAGAUUCUGAAAUUGUUAGAAUAACCAGCUUUGGGCAUGUAAGGUUAGAUCUGGAUAAUCCACCAAUUGAACACAAAGAUCAUGAUACUGCUAAAGAACCAGAUUCGCUAAAUUUUAUUGACAAUCAGUUUUUUGGAAGCCAAUUGUCUACAAAGGAAACUCCACAACUCACAAAAGAAAACCCUAAAUUUCAAGCAUCAAAUGUUCCGCUUGACACAAAUCCUGUUGAUCAGCAAUAUUUUUAUCCCUAUUCUGCUGAAACAGAAAAGACAGUUAAAGUGUUACAUGCACCAUCUGCCUCAGAGCUUGAAUUUGAGGAAAAUGAAGUUGAUGAUCAAUAUUUUGGAAAGAAAAGUGCCACAAGUGCACCACAAGCACCGCUAGGGAAAGUGUCUGCCUAUACCUACCUGAAAUCCUUACAAGGCAUAAAUGCAUUGAGUUUGAACAGUAAAACUAAUGACUCAGCAAACAAUGAUGAUAAAAGCACCAAAAAAAUAUAUGAAGAGAUGGUUCCUAAUUUAUAUAAAAUGCCAAAUGACGAUAUUGUUUUCCUGUUGAAAAAAUCCAUAAUUUACAAUAAAGAUGGGAUUGUUGCCUUAGACAAACCAUACGGAUUGGUAUCGACAGAUGCUGAUGGAAAUGCAACAAUUGUUCUCACUAAACUGCUCCCAGCUCUAAGUAGAGUUUUGCGCGUAGAAAAACUAUACACUGUCCAUAGACUUGACCGUGACACAACAGGGGUUUUGCUUUUAGCCUCAAAUCAAGUUGUUGCUAACAAGCUGAACAAACUGUUUUUCGAUCAACAAAUAAAGAAAAAAUAUGUGACCAUCACAAAAGGAAUUCCUCAUAUCAGAGAAGGGACCAUUAGUAUUCCCCUUACAGAAAAAAGUAUGGGUGAAAGACAACGCAUGACACUCAGACCAGUUCAAGUGCACAGCAAAGAUUCUGUAGCAAGUAGCAAGUAUAACGCUAAAGGAAAAUCGUUUCACGCGGUCACCCAUUUUAAAGUGAAAAAGUCAUCCGUAGGCGCCGCUUUCGUGGAACUAGAACCUGAAACUGGAGUUCGGCAUCAACUGCGAGUUCAUUUAAGUGAAGGCCUUAACUGCCCGAUACUGGGUGAUCAUAAGUAUUCACAUGACGAUAAGUACGCCCCCCAAAAGCUACCGCAAACUAUGCUGGAUCUUUUAGCCGUCAAACAGUCAAAAGUCAGAAAUAUUCCGAUGCAUCUUCAUGCAUCUUCCAUUGUUAUUCCGGGAUUUGGUGAAGAAGGGAAAGAGCUCUAUAUUAACUCUCCGCUACCCAAAUUUUUCCGAUAUACUAUGAAGAAAUUGAAAUUAUUUAGGCCAAGAACAGAAUAAUACAAACUGCGUUUAAGUAGCAAUAAAAGAAUGAUUUACGUUUUUGUA